UGGAUAUAGUGCUUUUUAUGUAUAAACAAAGAUCAGUCGCUGGAGCCGUUGAGAAGCUUAUAUACCAACAGUCGGCGCCACCAGACAGAGAUCGGUCCCCACCAGUGCACAGCGUCCCAGGAACCAGCGACCACCAUGACCUCCAAGCCUGAAGGGAAGAGGCCCUCUGUGGCCAGCGUUAGAUUGGGAGCCAAUGGAGACCCCGCAGACAAAGCGCUCCAGAAAAUGGCUUUGUUCCGGAAGGCCCCCCUGGGCAAUGUGUCUAUCACUAACCAGAACUCCUGGAGUAUAGCGGGGCUCCUGGUCGCCCAGAGGAUGACAAAGAACCUAAAGGAGAGAAGGGCUCAGAAAGUGGCAAAGAAGACUGAAAUUAUAUUGCCGCAGCCUCCCUCAUUCGCCUCUCGGCCCCCUGAGAAGGUCCAGUUGUCAUCCAUCAAGCAAAUUCUGGAGAGCUACCUCCCAGAGAGGAUCGGGGAAAUGAAGUAUGACCACACCAAGAUCCCCUCCCUAGUGAAAGUGAUCAGCGAGGAAGUCAGAGCUCAGGUGAAGAAGGUCUUACCCGCACGAUACAAGAUGCUAUGCGUGGUGACAAUGGGGGAGAGAGCCCAGGAGGACAUCGCCAUAGUUAGCCGCUGCCUCUGGGACCCCCAUGCUGACAACUAUGUGGCCCACGUUUAUGAGAAUUCCACUAUUUACUGUGUGGUAGCUGUGUACACUGUAUUCUGUGAAUGACCCGGCCUUAUUGAGUACAGGAACCCCUUACAUCCUGCAGUGUGACUGUCCACCAGAAAGUUGUAUGUAACCCAUCUGUAAAUCCAAGGACCUUCUGUCACCUCUGUUUUUCUACAAAAUUCCAGAGUCCUGCAUGAUCAAGAUGGAUUUAACAAGCCUUUGUUAAAGCGGAUCUACACUGUAUCUGAACACCACAAAACAAAAACUCUAUUUAAUUAUUUUUAGUAUUCAAAGCAAACUCCCCCAUCCAUCCAUGUCUCCAUGCUUUAUUUUGCUGAGUAAUCACUUUCUAGCCAUCUUGAGUAAGGGCAGAUUUAUGUAGCAUUUUUUUCCUGGAGUCCAUAUGCCCUUACCUCAGGCAUGCAGGCAGGAGGGUGUGCCUAACAGAGAAAGCUCCUCCCCUGAAGACACCUGGGAUGUAUGACAUCAUUUGCCUAGGCUUAGAAACCAGGAGGUAAUGGAAGAAAUUGAUUAAAAAGUUUUAAACAAGUAAUUA